AAUGAUUUAAAAUAAAAUGAGUGAAAAAUCAAAUUCAUCAUCACAACCAAGAGAAAAAUUUAAAUUAUUUAUUCCAGGUAAAUCAAAAACUCAUCAAGAAGCUGCUGCUGAAAAGCUCAAAAAUAUAAAAAAUAUUGUCAAUGAAAAAUCAUCAAGCAGUCAAGAUGAUGAUUGUUCAGAAAAAAAUAAAAAACCUGAUGUAUCAAACAAUGAAUUUAAAUUUGAACUAACACCUCCACCAGAUCCCAGAUUUCAACAAACAAAUCAAACUAUGCGUUGCUAUGUAAUGUACACAGAUUUUUAUAGAUGUGAAAAUAUUCUUGGUGAAGGUAAUGAUGCUUGUAAAAUGUUCAAAAAAAUAUAUCAAAAAGUAUGUCCAAGUGUAUGGAUAAGUCACUGGGAUGAUUUACGUGAAAAUAAUAUCAUGCCUUGGCCAAAAUCCUAUCUAGAUCAAAUUAAAUCAUCAAAAAAAUAAUUAAAUUUAUUUUAAAAA